AAUCGACGCAGUGGUUUGAGUUUAUUACAAAUAAACAAAACUACAUAUAUAUGUAGUUUUGUUUAUUUUAGAGAAAAUAUUUUCUCUAUAUUAGUAUGGAUAGACUUCGAAACGUGACUUUACGUAUGUCCUCGCUUACUAAUUUCUUAUUCCUAGUACAAAGGCUGCUAUUUAUGUAUCCGGAACUGGCCAAUAAUUCUAGAAUAUUUAAAAAGUAAUUACAACAUUUGAAAAUAGAACUCUUCGGCUAGAGAAUAAAUAUUUUUCAUAUCCCUCUCAUUUGUUUUUUUCAAUUGGCGCCAAUUUUGAAAAUAGCUUGUCUUCAUUGCCAUGGAUUUAACUCGUGAACAUUUUCGCGCGAUGAUUUAUUAUGAUUUUCGGCGUGGAUUAACUCAAAAACAGUGCAUCGAACAACUGAUUUUAACUUUUGGAGAUGAAGCACCAUCGAAAACCACUGUGUAUUAUUGGUUUAAGGAAUUUCAACGUGGACGGUCUAUGCUCACGGAUGAAAUUAAGGAGGGUCGUCCUAAAUCGGUAGUGGUACAACAAAAUAUUGAUGCUGUGCGACAAUUAGUAAUGCAAGAUCGUCAUGUUACAUACCGCGAGAUAGAGGCGUCUCUGGGCAUUAGUAUGACGAGUAUACACGCGAUAUUACACGAACAUUUAAUUGUUAAAAAAAUUUGUUCGCGUUGGAUUCCGCACAACUUGAGCGUAGAUCAAAAACAGGCUCGUGUCGACUGGUGUAAGAAAAUGAUAAAAAAAUACAACCGUGGCACGUCAAAAGCUGUUUAUAAUAUCUACACAGGUGACGAAACCUGGAUCUAUGCUUAUGACCCUGAAACUAAACAGCAGUCAACGGUGUGGGUCUUUCAAGAUGAACCGAAUCCAACAAAAGUUGUUCGUGCGAGAAGCACUUUAAAGCAAAUGGUCGCUUGUUUUUUUGGUAUCAACGGACAUGUAGCUACAGUGCCACUAGAGAAUAGUAGGACGGUUAAUUCUGAAUGGUACACCACCAUUUGUUUGCCAGAAGUCUUUGAAAAAAUACGAAAGAACAACCCACAACGCAGAAUCAUACUUCAUCACGACAAUGCUAGCUGCCACAAGUCGGCUGAAACAAAUAAUGUUUUGGAGGGUCAAAAGAUUGAAUUGACGGGUCAUCCGCCGUACAGCCCCGACCUGGCACCCAAUGAUUUUUAUUUAUUUCCAAACAUUAAAAAUAAAUUACGUGGUCAACGUUUUUCGAGCCGCGAAGAGGCCGUUGAUGCGUUCAAAACACACGUUUUGGACAUACCUCAAUCAGAAUGGAAAAAGUGCUUUGAAAAUUGGUUUCAUCGUAUGCAGAAGUGCAUAGAUCAUCGCGGAGAAUACUUCGAGAAACAAUAAAACCAUAUGUAAUAAUAUAUGUUUGUUUAAUUUUGUUAUUCCGGAUACAUAAAUAGCAGCCCUCGUAUGUGUAUAGGCUCAAUAUAAAACAAACAUAAUUGUAGGCCGAGAUGGACACUUAAGGCCUGAUCCUUUUUUUUUUGCGCAAGUAUAGAGAUACGUCUGCAACAUGCACACACGUGAAUUACUCCGAACGUCGUUAGGUAUAGCACGGCCACGGACACUUUUAUUUUAAACAAUUACCGAUCAAUUAUGAUAAAUAAAUAAAUAUAUUAGGACAAAUCACACAGAUUGAGCUAGCCCCAAAGUAAGUUCGAGACUUGUGUUAUGGGAUACUAACUCAACGAUUCUGUAUUUUAUAACAAAUACAUAUAUAGAUAAACAUCCAAGACCCG